GAAGCCAUGUAAUAUUUCAGACUUGUCUACUUUAGUCAAAUGGAACUUUCACACUUGCGCAGUAGAAAGUAUUGUUUUGCUUGGAGAGCAAACAAUUUCGAGCAUCACGAUAAGAAUUUGGGUUAAAUAGUAGUCUAAAUGGAGGUAAAUAUAUUGCCUAUAUAUUUUCAGUGACACAACAACUACUAACCCAUCUGUGAGGCAGUCGACAGUUUCAAUUUAAUGCCAGGAUCUUAAAAAAUCACUGAGGAUGCCACUUUUUGGAAACACAUUCAGUCCGAAGAAGACGCCCCCUCGCAAAUCUGCAUCUCUGUCCAGCCUUCAUACCUUGGAUCGUUCAACAAGAGAAAUAGAGCUGGGCCUUGAGUAUGGACCGCCUGUAAUGAACAUUGGAGGUCAGAGCUGGAAAUUUGAGGAUGGACAGUGGAUAACCGAAUCUGGUGGGAAUGCAUCUAGCCGGGAAGUGCAGCGGCUUAAAAAAAGAAAUGUACAGCUGGAGGAGGAGAAUAACCUCCUGAAACUGAAGAUUGAACUUCUCUUGGACAUGUUGACAGAAACUACAGUAGACUACCACUUGUUGGAGAAAGAAGUGGAAGAUGUAAAGACUCAACAUCGAAGGAAGUCAUGACAAAUCUCUACUUACUGUGUGCUUUUGGCUAGGAAAUGUUAUUUGGAAUUAGCCCUUUUUGUAUUUACCCCAGUCAGACCUGACAAAACUGUGAACACAUUUGUUGAGCAUAUAACAUAUUUUCUAUCUCUUUUCCAUUGAUAUGGUAGAGUACUAUAGGCUGUAUAUUUUUUAUUGCGGUAACAAGUAAAAUCCAUAACAGGAGUAAAGCUGUUUUUCUUGUUUUAUCAUUCCCAGUUUUGAGUUGUAAUACCUUGAUUAUACAUAAGAUAUUUAUAUUAAGGCAGAUAUAUAGGUGAGGAUUUGAAUGACAUCCAAAUAACCCAAAACAAAAUGGGUAAAACCUAAACAGGAGAGCACUUCGUUAAUGGUUUUCAUUGUUCAUCCAGCUUCAUACAAUAUCUGGGUAUAAAUUGUUGCAUAAAUAAUCCUAGUAAUAUGAAAUUUUAUUCCUGACAAUAAAGAUUUUAUUAUAAGAUCCUCUUACCAGUUAUUUGCAAAGCCUUUACUCACAACUCAGUAAUGGGCUUUGAGCAAUUAUUUAUACAACAUAGUUAUGAGACGGCGAUUGUGAGAUCACGAUCAUGUUCUGUCUGUACUUGUCUGUCUUAUAUUUUUUCCACCGCAUGCUAAUAUCACCAAUACUCUGAUGUAAUGGACAUAUUUACAACUCUUGUGAGUUGUAAUUUUGAAUGUCAAAUAAGAGAUUUUGCUGCUAAUAUAGCCUAAUAGAC